CGCUAAAGUACAGUACUACCUCUGUUGCCUACAAUUAUACUCAUUCACUCCGCUGGCUUCGCUCGAGCACCGGCCUCGCUGCCGUAGAUUGAACCAUGUCGACCCCGGCAUGGACAAUCACUAGGACUAAAAGGAAAACCAAGUCAUUGACGCCGGCACCACGCAAACGACCGCGAGUCAAUGACAUCAAGGGCGAAUCCAACCGCAGUCGUCGAGCCAGCGACAGUCAACGAACCCUGACCCAAGCACAAUGGUUGACUCCGCCUACGAGCUUUGAGGAAGAGGACAAACAACCUGAACGUGAACAUGCUGCAGAGCGGCGCAGAACACCUGCAACCAAAACUCGUCGCGCACCGCUGAAGCGCAACACGACUCUAACCCAGAUGGAUUUCUUGAGCUUCCCGCCUCCCGACGACGCGGCUUUUGACGAUACAAUGCUUGAACCAGUAGAACAGGGAACUACACUUCCUCCACAACUCGAUGGAACCUAUGACAGCCCAAGGAAGCCGCGAAACCGUAAGGGAACUGGAACCCCGAGCACGGCGAAGCCGUUGUCCAGGAGGAGGAAGGCGCCAUUGCACAAUGAGUCUCAGGACUACAAGCCUAGCACAAGGAAAAGAAAGUCCGAAGUCAGCAAUGAUGUGCCGUCCAGUCCGCCACGACGUAGCUCUAAGCGACUGGCUACGAAGAAUGAAGUGUUCUCUGACCCGGUUCAGAAUCUGGCCUAUUUCGAAGAAGCAUUGGGUGUUGCGACCCCGAAGAAACCCGGAAAAGAGACGAAAAACAAGUUGCCAAUUCCCUUGGAGAUAAAGGAUUCAGUUGACGACGACGUGAUUGACCUGGAAAGUGCUUCGCCAAUGAAAUAUUGCCAAACCUUACUACCACAAACACCCAAGAGGAACAGGGCAAUUAUAUUGUCUAGUCAGUCUCCGGAGAGUUUACCUCCAAGCACACGAAGGACACAAAAGAAAUCGACCGAACUGCCUGCGCUGUCGCAAAGAACACCUCUUGCAGAGCGGUCGGUGAAUAUCCCCAUCGCACCUGUCUUGAAGCGGUCUCCCUUCAAAGCUGGCCGGCGUACUAAGCGGCUGAAGAGUAGAAUUAUCACCUUGAAACUGCCCAAAAGGGGUCAAUCACGCGUUGCGGAUUCACAAGCAAAUCUCUGGUCGAUCCCUUCGUCUUCAUCGCCUCACCAGGCGAGCAAACACUCAAAAAAUGCCACCGUACAGACACACGACACAGAACAGGUCGCUGUAUCGUUUGGAGAGGCAGAGAUACCAGCAACCAGUCAGGUUCAGACGGUCAAAUCGAGUCCUCCUGAUAUCGAAAGCGAAGAUAGCCUUCCGGAGCUGAGCGAUCUUGUUGGUGCGAAGCCGCCCACGGAGAGGCAAGAAUGUGAAGACACGGCGGAGGAUCAAGCUCCUUUCGAAGGAAAUACGGCAUCAGACCCGAUUGUGCGCGAUUUCGCGGUGACUCCGAGACCUGCGAGGAUACAGACUGAAAGGGACCUUCCGGCUACUGUAGAACCUUCCCAACUGUUGGGCGAUCGAACUGGUCAUCCCGACCGAGAUGAGGACAUGAAUGUUGAAGUCGACGAUGACGAUCUUGGUUCACCGAUUGCGAAUGACACGCAAUUCAACGUCGAUGUGGUCCAUCGUAUCUCGUCUCCUCCGCUUCUUCCAAGCCAUGUGGAUGACAGUGCAGAGGAUCCACAUCAUCAUGUUCCCCCACCCUCUUCAGGGAUACCAUCAACAUCACUCGCAGCUCCGGUGUCAUCCCAAGCCGAUAUUCCCAACCCUCCGCAAACACCCAUGCCAUUGCCUCGCUUGGUAGGGUCUUCCACUACAAGAAGUCCGGCAAAAGUGGUGCUGGACAGCGAAGAUGAGGCGGAUGAGGUUGCAUUUCCCAGACCAGCUCUACUUCAUCGGUCAAGCACCCAUGUCUCGACGACAAAAGUGCCGCUAAAUGACAUUGUCCCGCUGCGCCCAUCUUCACCAACUCUUCCUUCUAGCAGCAAAACAGCGACCCCAAAGUCUGUUUUUCCUGCGUCUCUGCCCCAUCCGUCCCAGAUGUCAACCCAGGAAGCAACGCAGGGAUACCUGAACAUGUCAUCCUACCCUCCGCAACAAGCAGGGGGACUAGGAUCAAGUAGUGAGGACGACAAGGCGGAUAAGAUCACCAUCAAGGAUUCGAGUUCCUGCCAGGUCUCGAUGAGUCAGCUGCCUCAGUAUGCCGGGAGCCAACCAAGCCAGUCACAAGUGAAGAUUGAAUUGGGCCUGGAUGAAGCAUUUAACAAUGAGUCUGUGGAUCAUGAGGAUGAAGAUGAAGAAGGCGAUCUGGAUCUUGACCCUCCAAGCACUCUUCCCUCGCGUUCUGACCGUGUUGGACUCGGUGCUUAUCGUGAAAUUGAGAUCGAGGACAAGGAUACAACUGCUACUGCUGCUGCUGCUGCUGCUGCUGCCGCCGCCACUCCAGUUCAACGACGAAAGACAAGGACUUUGGGGUCCUCUGGACGAAAGGCGCGGGAAGUGGAAAUGGGAGAUGAAGACACUAGAGCAACACACAUCAACGACAAAGAGGACGGUGGUAGGAAUGAUCGUGAUCGGGAAGUCCAUGUCAAUGACGACAACGACAUCGAUAAUGACACCGAGUCGCCGAGCGUCCGUCCAUCACAGCAGUCCAUAUCCCUAUCCAUAUCGGACAUACCAUCGUCGCCACAGCCUACUCCGCUGCAAAGGGAGUAUUCGCCCAUCCCCGGGUUCGACAAUGAAACACAAUCGAACUUUACGCAGAACGGACACGUCACGGCAUAUUAUAUCCAUCGACAGCAUGAGAAGGGGAUUUUGCCUGAGUGGUUUAUUCCAAAGCCGUAUCAGGUUCCUGGGUAUACGAGGAGAAAGUGAUAUUGUCGUCUCUUUACCGCCAGAGCAGACCAGCUCAGAUCGAGAGAAGGGAGUGCCGGUCCGACGUUCUCUUGUGGCCGGAUGAUUCAUCGAUAUCCUCCAUUCCUUAGGUAUUGAUUAUUAGGACCCUUUUGUCUGAGUAACCUGCAGCUUGGUGUCAAUGGUAACUGAUGCACGGAAGCGGAUGCACAAGCACAGAGAUAGCGGUAGAGGGAUAGAAGCUUAUCCUUAUCCUUAUGAGGUGUGCGGCAGUGUUGGUGGAUCAUCGAGCUUAGGGGGAACGAUCAUGAACUCGAUACCAAGGAAGUGUUCUUCCAUCCAGCUCUCAUGGUCUGAACUUCUGUACCUCAUACAUGCAAGAUUUAUUCCUUCGGUGGCAGAAUAGUACAGUAACUACUGGUAGAACUAUUAGUAUACUGUCCUCUUCGAAGUCCU